UGCUAGUCUGUAUUAGUUAUAACUGAUUUUACUUGCAGCUGAAGGAGUUUUAACACGGAUGUUUUAACUGCGCUGUGCGUUAAAAUAAACACACUGAACGGUGGUUUACCAACUAACGCUAGUCCAUAACCUACCAUGGAUAUAUACAGAGCUAUACUGCUACAUUAGCCAAUACAUCUUUUAAAAAUCAUAUUCUACUUAGGGGGCAAAUGUAAUGUCACUAUUUAAUAAUAUUUAAGACACCACUGCGUUUUCUUUGCGCAAACAAGCACUGCUCGAGUACAUCCCCGACCCUCCCACCCCUGCCAAGAGAAAAGAGACUAAACCCAACAACAUAUUUUAUGACGAACUAGCCUUUUUGUUUCAUAGCGUCUUUUUUUACAGGUUUUUCACCAGUAUGUACCCCAAGGCCACUUACGCGGCGUUAUUUUUCUGUUAUACGUUCUCCAUCCCCAGGCUCUAACUUGUUGAAAGCCAGGCCUGAGGAGAAGAUGGAUGUGUAACCAGCUCAAACAGAGAGAGAGGAGACGGCAAGAAAGAGGCUUCCCAUCACUUGUCACAGCUCAGUACCAGGAGCAGAGAGGAGGAGGUCUACCAUUCAAGUUGUGUCAUGAUGGCAGAGGCAGAGGGGAAAGGAGCUUCAGCUGAAGAGGGAAAUGUGGUAGAGGCCACAGCAGCAGACAUAUCUAGUAGUACUCAGCAGGUACAAGGUGGAGCAUCUGUUUCUCCACCUGUGUCCUCCAUACAGCCCCCUGCCACUACAGCCACAGAGGAUGAGGACGAGAGUGAAGACGAGUCAGAAAUCCUAGAGGAGAGUCCCUGCGGCCGCUGGCAGAAGCGUAGAGAGGAGGUAACUCAGCGUAAUGUGCCAGGGAUAGAUGCUGCGUACUUGGCCAUGGACACAGAGGAAGGGGUAGAGGUAGUGUGGAAUGAAGUCAUGUUCUCAGAGAGGAGAAACUUCAAGCUGCUGCAGGAGAAAGUGAAGGCUGUAUUUGAUAACCUGAUCCAUUUGGAACAUGCAAAUAUUGUCAAGUUCCACAAGUACUGGACGGACACGAAGGAGAACCGCGCCAGGGUCAUUUUCAUUACUGAAUAUAUGUCAUCAGGAAGCUUGAAGCAGUUUCUGAAGAAGACAAAGAAGAAUCACAAGACCAUGAAUGAAAAGGCUUGGAAGAGAUGGUGCACACAGAUCCUGUCAGCUCUCAGUUAUCUCCACUCGUGUCACCCUCCCAUCAUCCAUGGCAACCUGACCUGUGACACAAUCUUCAUCCAGCACAAUGGGCUCAUCAAGAUCGGAUCAGUUGCUCCAGACACCAUUAACAACCAUGUGAAGACGUGUUAUGAGGAACAGAAGAACUUGCACUUCUUUGCCCCAGAAUAUGGAGCUGUUGUGGACGUCACCACAGCUGCAGACAUCUACUCAUUUGGCAUGUGUGCCUUAGAGAUGGCACUUUUGGAGAUCCAAGGAAAUGGAGAGUCGUCUUAUGUUUCUGAGGACUCGAUCAGCAUCGCCAUACAGUUGCUGGAGGACCCACUGCAAAAAAAGUUAAUCCAGAAGUGCCUGGAGUGUGACCCUAAUACAAGGCCUACAGCCCGAGAGCUGCUGUUUAACCAGGCUCUAUUUGAAGUACCGCUGCUAAAACUGCUGGCUGCACAUUGUAUUGUCAGCCACCAACACAUGAUCCCUGAGAAUGCCCUGGAGGAGAUUACCAAAAACCUGGACCCCAACCUGAUCAUUGCUGACAAGAAAGACAACGUUCAGCUCAAGCUUUCACAGUUUCCUGCAUUGGAGCUUGAUAAAUUCCUGGAGGAUGUUAGGAAUGGUAUUUAUCCCAUGACAGCAUUCGGGCUCCCUUGUCCUCAGCAGCCUCAACAGGAGACUGUUAAAUCUCCCGUUGUCAUUCCCUUGGUCAAAUCCCCCACCCCUGAACCUGCAGAGCUGGAGACACGGAGGGUCAUUCAUAUGCAGUGUAAUGUUGAAACUGUUGAGGAGGGAGCAAGAUAUCAUCUAACAUUGCUGCUGAAGCUGGAGGACAAACUGAAUAGACAUCUAAGCUGUGACAUGUUACCUCAUGAGAAUGUUCAAGAGCUGGCCGGAGAGUUAGUUCAACUGGGCUUAAUCAGUGAGGUGGACCAAAACAUGAUAGCCUCUCUACUAGAAGAAACAUUCAGCCAAGCUCUUCAAUAAUGACAGUUUCCUCAACAUGUUACUGUCUCCUCAUAAGUGCACACUCUCAACCCUGAUUCAUUUACUGAUUAUUCAACAUUGUGACCGUAUUUAAGUUUUUUUU